GACUAAGUAUUUGGAGGCUACCGAGUACUGAGGAAUGAGGAGUAUUCUAUGCUGAUAUGGAGUCUUAGUAGGAUUUCGAGGGAGCAGUCUGAGUACUUUCUGAGGAAGUUGGAGGGUAUUGGGCUAGAGAGGGUGAAACAUUUGACAGUAGAGGAGAGGGAGAAUGGAGAGGUGUUUAAGAGGUUUUUUAAGAGGAGGUUUGUGAAGGAUUUUCCUGCGUUAUGUGUGAGAUUUGAUGAAAAAUGAAUGAAACAGCCUGUUUAUUAUGGAAAAGUGUUAAGAUUGGUUCCUAGAGUCACACAAAGAUUGAUUUUGGAAGGUUUUGAUAUAGAUAAAACAUAUUUCAGAAAAUUAAUUCAAUCUGGAAGGCAUAUUCGAGGAAUUGAGUUUAUCAAAUGAAGCUUUAACCUCAAAGAUCUUACCCUCUCCUCAUCUCUUCGCUACUUUAUCAAAUGGAUAAUUUUCAGAAGUAACACCAUCACUACUACAGAUUCAUGCAACGAUUCCUUCACUCUCUACAGAACCCAGGCGAACAUAGAAUAUUUUAUCAAAGCCUCUGCUUCAACAACUCUCUGCUCCUCACUAAGAUCUCUCAAGCUUAAAACUUCUAUCCCACAAGAGCCAAUCCUCAUAAUGGCGAAAUGUAUGAAGGUCCGGUAUCGGAUUAUAUUUGAAUUGUAA